AAGAUUCUCCAAACCUGUCCCUGUGUCUUGUCAGGUCUGUGACCUGAGAGGCAGUGUGUGCUGAAUAGUGACUUCCAGAUUUCUGGAUGCAUGCUAAGGCUGUGAAUGUGUGGAAAACAUUCCACAAUUCCUGCUGAUUUUAUGUCCAACACAUCCAGGAAUUCAAGAGAAAGAAACUCUUGCUAGUGGAGGUCAUUAGCAGCUGCUGAAGGAGGAACUGACCCAUCUCAAAAAGGGUAGCAAAUUAGAGUGAAAUUCUGGGUUAUCGGGAGAUGUCCUGGAUUGCUGACACCUACGCAAGCACCAUAGGGCACUACGAUAUUAAUGCCCAUGCCUGUGUUACUGGUAAGCCCAUCAGUCAGGGUGGAAUCCAUGGACGGAUCUCUGCUACUGGCCGGGGAGUUUUCCAUGGGAUUGAAAACUUCAUCAAUGAGGCUUCUUACAUGAGUAUUUUAGGAAUGACACCAGGAUUUGGAGAUAAAACAUUUGCGGUUCAGGGAUUUGGUAAUGUGGGCCUGCACUCGAUGAGAUACUUACAUCGUUUUGGUGCUAAAUGUGUUGCUGUUGGUGAGUCUGAUGGCAGCAUAUGGAAUCCAGAUGGUAUUGACCCAAAGGAACUGGAAGACUUCAAAUUGCAACAUGGAACAAUCCUGGGCUUCCCCAAAGCAAAGAUCUAUGAAGGGAGCAUCUUGGAGGUUGACUGUGACAUACUGAUCCCUGCUGCCAGCGAGAAGCAGCUGACCAAGUCCAACGCACCAAGAGUCAAAGCCAAGAUCAUUGCUGAAGGUGCCAAUGGACCGACAACUCCAGAAGCUGAUAAGAUUUUCCUAGAGAGGAACAUCAUGGUUAUUCCAGAUCUCUACUUGAAUGCUGGAGGAGUGACAGUGUCUUACUUUGAGUGGCUGAAGAAUCUAAAUCAUGUCAGCUAUGGUCGUUUGACCUUCAAAUAUGAAAGGGAUUCUAACUACCACUUGCUUAUGUCUGUUCAAGAGAGUUUGGAAAGGAAAUUUGGAAAACAUGGUGGAACUAUUCCCAUUGUACCCACAGCAGAGUUCCAAGACAGGAUAUCGGGUGCCUCUGAGAAAGACAUCGUGCACUCUGGUUUAGCUUACACCAUGGAGCGCUCUGCCAGGCAAAUCAUGCGCACAGCCAUGAAGUAUAACCUGGGACUGGACCUGAGAACGGCCGCCUACGUCAACGCCAUCGAGAAGGUCUUCAAGGUGUACAAUGAGGCUGGCGUGACCUUCACAUAGACCAGGCUGUGGCUGACUUCCUCACUGCCCUUUCACCUCUUCAUCUGCAGACCUAUCACGAGUUUACAUGUAACCACAGAAAUCUCUCUCUCAUGACUUAACAGAUAAUGGACACCAUUCGCAACAAGUCAAUCCAAAUCAGCCCCUUAAGAAAAAAAAUUAAGGUUAGGGGAUCAUAUAUAAGCUAAUAGGUGAUCGUAGAAAUUAGCUAUUCCAGAGAGUCGUUUGGGCAUUCUGCCUUUAAGUAGUUUCUCCCACCUGCCUGUGCUGCCUUUCUCCAUGGCUGCUCCUCGGCACAGUCGGCUGUGGCCCUAGGAAGGCACCUGCCAGCCAAGACCAGUCGGUCACUUGCCGCUUCGGCUCUGAACACGUCUGUCAGGAGCUUUGACACACGUAAGGAGCAGGUACGUGGCAUUUUCAGGAGGUAGCAUGGUUCUCAAGUGAGUUAUUGGUAUUUUACAUCAGCAAAAUAACUCGAUUUUACAGGUUACAAACAAAAACAAAAAACUGUUUCUCUUUUUGUAUUUUAUUUUAGAAAAAGUACAUGCUGCUGUAAGAAAAUUGCCUUUAAUCAUUUAACAAGCCUAACCUUGACUCAAGCAGUGAAUGCCUAUAAACAUAAUAAAUGAAAAAAGCUAGUAUUUUUAUAACAUAAAACAGUAUCAUUUAUAGCUUGUCAAUUGCAUACUGUCAUCCAGCAAAAAUAAAAAGCCCAGUAGAGAAUUAAGUUAUCUUCAUACCUGCAAAUGAUGGAGGCUAUUUUUGUUAAGGCUGUCGGAAUUUACUAACCACAAUUAUGAUAUAUAGUCCAAAGAAUGUAGUAACCUCCUUAUCAUGUUAAUUAAUUGUUCUCUUUUGAAGAUCUGUUGCAUUGACUAAUUGAACGAUAAUUCAAGUAGAGUGUCCCAGAAAAAACUGCUUGGGCUCCCUCUUCGAAGUCUGGCUGGCAGCGCUGAGCAUUGCCAAUGGCCCCAACUCGCCCUGACUUUGUGUCCUCGUUUAGAGGCCUCAUCUUUGCACACGGCUUCGUCCCCAGUGGGCUGGAAGCAACCUGGGGUGUGUUUUGUUGGGAGUUGUUUGGCCAGGACCUAGCAGUGCCCCAAUGAAGUACUAGAGAGUAUUUAUGUAAGAAUGAGCUUUUCUUUUUUUUUUUUU